AUGACUCAACCACGCACUUACGAUAAGGACUUUAUUUCGCGUCCGAUUUCAGCUUCUAAGCCGAAGAGGAUCAUCGUCUGUUGUGAUGGAACCUGGCAAUCCUCCACAACGAUAGAUCCUAAGAAAGGCUGCCCCUCCAAUGUCACUCGUAUCAGCCGUGUCCUUGCCAAAGCUGGCCUUGACCGUGAAGGCAAUGAGCGUCAACAACUGGUAUACUAUGAUGCUGGCGUGGGCACAGGCGAUAUCACCGGCGUCGAGGCAAAACGACAAGGCUCACAGGGUCUCGGUCUCCUCGAGAAUGUUCUCGAAGCUUACAAUUUUAUUGCCGCCAACUACAAUCCGGGUGACGAAUUGUAUUUCUUUGGCUUCUCACGCGGAGCCUUCACUGUCCGCUCAACUGCUGGCUUGGUCCAAGAAGUCGGCAUCAUAAAAUCGCACCUGAUGGCCCACUUCUUGGAGCACUACGGCGACUUCAUCCGCGGAGAAAAUUUUAGUAAAUCGUUUAUCGAGACUGACCAUUGGGCCAAGUUCCAAGCCCACAGUCCGUCAGCGGUAGCUUGUCCUGGUAAAGACACUGUGAUUCAAGUCAUCGGUGUUUGGGAUACCGUCGGCGCACUGGGUAUUCCUGAUAUGGGUCACUGGAUCAAAAUCGACAACUCUCGACUUAGAAAAGCAUACCAGUUCCACAACACGGAUCUAAGUGCCAAUGUCAAACAUGCAUACCAUGCUCUAGCCUUGGACGAACGUCGUGGUCCCUUUUCACCUUGUCUCUGGUGUGUCAAAGGGGACAACAAGACAACAAAGCUCGUGCAAUGCUGGUUUCCUGGUGCCCAUAUCAAUGUCGGCGGAGGCAGUUCUGACAACGCCCUGAGUGAUGAGGACAAGAAGGAUGGAAAGCAACCCAAAGGGGACAACGAAAGGCUUUCAAGCGUGGCUUACGCUUGGAUGCUUGAUCGUAUCCGCCCACAUCUGGCUCUAGAUGAGGAAGCACUGCAGAUACAACUUGCUGACAUUGACGGCGUCAUCCACAGCCCUGGAGACCCAAAGUUGAAGGCCUGGGAGAGCCAGGAAUGGCUCUUGGGAAAUAUUGAUGACAGCUACACCGCCGAGUACAAGGCCAUGGGCAGUGCUGUGAUCCGUACUCCCAUGGACUACUACAAACGCGAAGAAGGUUAUACCGUCGAGCGAGUUCAUCCAUCGGUGCACUUCCGACAAGAGUAUCAUCGCAGCUUGAACAAGCAACUGAAAAAGCCCAUUGAAGUAUACGAGCCUUUGGCUAUGGAGGGAUGGAAGCGAGAGUAUGAGUCAGAUGGUCUUGGAAAGGAUCUGAAGCCGCGAAAGGGUUGGACUUGGACGAAGUACAAGAAGGGAGCCACACCCGAGAACAAGAAGACCAUGAUCGAGAAGAGGAUGUGGGAAUUUGAGAUUGGUAAUCUCCCAGAUGACACAAGUAUUGAGAGAUGGUUGAUCAAGAAGUCUUGGAACGUCGAGUCUUAUUUCAAGACAGUGGAAGAGGGAUGGUAA